CUGCUGCCAAAACAUUGUGCGCCUCUUAUAGCUCAAGUUGUGAAUAAGAAGAGAAGAGACAAGAAAAACAAAAUAAUUGCUGAACCAGAUAAACCUGGAAUGGAGAGCUAUAGGAAAACUAGAGAAGAAUUAACUACAAUGGACAAACUCCAUAUGGCCUUGAGCGAACUUACUUAUGCAAUCAAUUAUUGUAGUACUGUCAAUGUUUGGGAACAUACUUUUGCCCCAAGGGAAUAUUUAACGCAACAUUUAGAAAGCCGUUUUAAUAAGUCUCUUGUAAAAAUGGUGAUGUUCAAUCCUGAAAAUAAUGAAAUUGCUAAACCUUCUGAACUGUUAACAAGUGUUCGCUCUUUUAUGAGUGUCUUGGAAAGCAUAGAAAAUUAUGUUCACUUAGAUAUCACUAGGGUUUUCAACAAUGUUCUUUUGCAACAAACACAGCCUCAAGAUAGCCAUGGUGAUAAGACAAUUACAUCCUUGUACACGAAUUGGUAUCUGGAAGCAUUAUUGCGAAGAGUUUCUGCUGGCCACAUAUCAUAUUCACGAAAUCAAAGAGCCUUUGUAACACUUUCAGCGGAAGGUCAAUUACCAUUUAGUGCAGAAGAGUUUAGCGACAUUAAUGAGCUCCGUGCUUUAGCUGAACUAAUAGGAUCCUAUGGCAUGAAAUAUCUUAUUGAGAGUCUUAUGUGGCACAUAGCAAGUCAAGUUACAGAACUUAAAGUAUGUUUAUUUUAUAAUAAGGAAAAGAUGAGCAUAUCUCGAUCAAACUACGAUAAGCCUGAAUCGAUGAAAGAACUAUUUCGAAGGUUGCAAA